AUGAGCAAAGAGAAGAGGAGAGAGGGCGAGACUCGUUACAAACCCAAGCAUCCUUUUCUUGCUGGAGCUAUCACUGGAGGCAUCGAGAUCUGCAUUACCUAUCCUCUCGAGUACGCCAAGUGCCAGCUGCAGUUGAAACCGGAUGCACUGUAUCCAAAUCAAAAUGCAACAAGACUCAAUGCGACGGGAUCCAAUCUAUCGCAACUUUUUCCACGCAACCAAGAGCAUUGUGAAAGAAGAAGUAUAGCGCUGGUUGCAUGGCUUGAGGCGCACUGUGUCACCCUCUUCUUCUACAAGGGAUUUCGUCACGGAUUGUUUGCUGGAAUGACUCCGACGGUUCUGAAGCAGUGCUUGAACAGCUUAAUUCGAUUUGGCUCCAUGUACGAAAUGACAAAAUGGAGGAGGAAUCAGAUCCAAUCUCAGGACCCUGCCGUCCCUCUACCAACAAGGGAUGUUUUCUUGCUUGGAGCCAUCGCUGGUGCACUAUCAGCUGUUGUUUCUCAUCCUAUAGACACAGUCAAGAGCAACAUGCAGGGAAACAAAGAGCACAUAGCCAAGUUUAAGUAUUCCACAUGGGGAUGCAUGAAACAUAUCUAUGCCACGGGCGGUUUGGUUGCGUUUUACUCAGGGCUGACACCACGGUUGAUAAGAGUGACCAUCGAACAAGCCACGACAUUUGCACUGUUCGAUCGAAUCUCUCGAGCACUAGAUUUAUCUUUCUGA